AUGGUCAGGGGAAGCGGGAAGAUGGAGGACCAGUCGUCUUUCAGCCUCAGCCUUUGUGGCUUUCUCCUUGUCAGCUUGCUUUUAAAAGAAGCUGAAUCUUGCCGCCGGGGCUGGUUGGUCUACCAAGGAUUUUGCUAUGGAUUCUUCAAGGACAGGAAGACCUGGGCAGAAGCAGAGGUUGACUGUCACAGCAUGGGUGCCCAUCUCGCCUCCAUCCACAGUACAGCAGAGUCUAGCAAGGUGGCCGAAUAUGUGUCAGCCUACAGCCGUGGCAAUAAGAAUGUGUGGAUUGGCAUGCAUAUUGAUUCCGGUAGCAAACAAUGGACGUGGGUGGAUCAUACCAAGAUAAAGUUUGUAGCCUGGAAAGUUGGAGAACCCAAUAAUUUUAAUCUUUUUGGUGCUGAGGAAUGUGUCCAGCUGAAUUUCUGCGCUGGAAUGAUGCACGAUGUUCUACAACACGGCCUUAUCUUUGCAAGCACAUUAACAUCCCUCCAUGCCUGA